GUUUCCGAACGAAACAUCAGCUGUGUUUACAUGCUACUUCCGUGCAUGUGCUCGUUUUGGGCUCACCAAGUUUUUCCUUUGAUUAUUAAGAUGGUUUGAGCUCUUUGAUACGACACUGUACACUCAAAAGCCUAUAUAUGCCCAUGUAUUGCUGUGUUGGAAGUUACUGUCUACAUAAAGACAUCGAAGGCAAUGAAAUUUAGAGGAAGAAAUCCAUUUUAUGAGUGAUUCCACCAUGGAGGAGGAAUUGUUAGCUCUGAGGUGGAAUAAUCACCUCUCCACCUUUGCGUCAUUAUUGUCAGACCUUCGUAAUGAGGAAACUUACUCUGAUGUGACAAUUGCCUGUGGAGGAAGCCUCUACCCAGCUCAUAAGUUUGUGUUAUCAGCAUGUAGUGAAUAUCUGCGAACUAUGCUUUGUGCCCAUCCCAACAAGCAUCCAAUCCUCUACCUCAAGGAUGUACCAAAAGAGGACUUGGAAGGUAUCUUAGACUACAUGUAUGCAGGAACAGUGAGAGUAGCACACUCUGGCUUAGCUUCUCUUUUGCGUACGGCAGAAGGACUUCAAGUUAAAGGAUUGAUUCUCUCUGAUCCAUUCAGGGGACAUGCCAGCAAAAUUGUACAAUCUAGUACAAAGAGGAAGCUUCAAGAAGAGGAUAACAGGAUGCUUUAUAGCAAUACUUCUCACAAGUACCCAAGAAGAGCUUUGCAGAGAACACCACCCUCAGCUACUCCACUCGAUGUCCCUCCUUCCUCAACUACAACAUCACCAUCAUCAUCACAACCACCACCUAUGAUUAGACCAUCUUUAAGACUACCUUCAAGAGAGAGUCCUAGGUUGUGGGAUGAAAAAAGCAGUCAGGACUCAGAAGCUGGUGAUAGUAGAAGUAUACCAGAUUCUAUAUACUGCAUUGAAAGUGAUAAGCAGAAUGAGAGUAAAAUGAAUUAUGGUCAAAUAAAAGAAGAAGCUCUAGAUUGUGCGAAUGAAAAAGACAAAGAAGAGAAAGAGCAUGAUACUAAUGAAGAGCAAUACUCUUUAGAAAUAAAAAACGAGGAGCUAGAGUUAGAUGAGGAAGGUAAUGUCGAAAAGGAAGAUGAAGUUGAGAAAGAGGAAGACUUCGAAGGAUUUGAGAAGGAAGAAAAGAAUUGUGCUGAAGAAAAUGAAGACGAUAUGUCAGUGGGGAAUGAAGAUGUGAUGGAUAAUAAAGGGAGGAAAGAAUUAUCACCUGAAGCACCAUCAUCAAAGGAUCCUAAUCUUGCUAGCUUUUUGGAGGUCAUGUGCACUGAGAAUGAUACAAGAGAUGUGGAAAGAAAUAUUGAUGAGAUGAAUUGUGAAGAUUCUUCACUGCCCAAUGGGCAGAGGGUAAGAUCAUCUCGAGGUCUAAAUCAGCAGUGUCCAUUUUGUCUGAAGCUGCUGACAACCAGGUCCAAUCUCCAACGGCAUAUUGCCACUCACCACCAACGACAAUCAUUCACAUGUGCCACUUGUGGGAAGACAUUUACUCGCAAGGAUCGAUUGACUGAGCAUGAAAAACUUCAUACUGGUGAGGCACCCUAUACAUGUGAGGAAUGCGGUAAGAACUUUUCGAGGCGGGACAACAUGAAUGUACACAGGCGCACACAUACAGGUGAACGCCCAUUUUCCUGUGAAGUAUGUGGCAAAACAUUUUCUCGCAAAGAGUACAUCAGUGAGCACAUGGCUGUUCACUCUGAUCAUAAACGUUUCUCCUGUAGAUGGUGCAGCAAGGAAUUUAAACAUAAACAGAGCUUGCGUCACCAUAUGAAAAGUGCCCACGACUCUGUGAAGGUCAAUGAGCAGGUAGCCCCAAAUGCUUCACCCUUUAUACCAGUUAAUUAUGCUGAUGAAAGUGCAUAAGAGAUAUGAAGUUACUUAAUAAUUUGUUGCCAUUUUUUAAAUUUUGUUACUUGUUAUACAUUUUUCACUAAAAUGAUGCAGUAAGAGUAUUAACCUGUGAUAUAAUGAAAAGUACAUCGUUUUGUACCAUUUAUGUUAGAAAAUCUUCAUUAUCAAAAGAAAUUAAAAAUAAUUAUUGUAUAAUUUUUUUUUUUACUUUUGAAUUUUUUAAUAUGUUGAUUUGACUAUAAUAAUUUGAAAUCUGAAAAUUGCUUACAAAAUAAUAUUUAAGUUAGCCUAUUUAGCUCUUAAAUAAAUUUGCUUAUUUCAUUGACAUGAACAUAAGCUUAAGAACAUGAAUGCAACCAACUUGUCUUUUAUGUUUUCAUGUAUAGUUUAUAUAUGUGUAAUAGUGAUUUAGGCUUCUAUAAUUUGGAAGUUAAACGGUUAUAAAGUUGUGUGUUAAGAGUGAAAGUAAUUACCCACAUAAAAUUAUCAGCAAAUUAAAAAUAUCUGUAACAGAUGUUCAACCAUCAUGAGUCUUGGGACCAAGAUAUUACAAAUGUGCAAACAUUGUGAAUCUUAUAUGUUGCAAAUAUUGAUAAUAUUAAUAUAAAUUUAUUAACCCUUAAACGGUCCAAACGUAUAUAUACGUUUUUUCAACAUCUGAAAGUAUGUAAAAAAAUGUAGAUCUUUUUUGUUUUACAUUUGAAAAUGUGUAAAAAAGCUUUUAUCUACAUUUUUUUUUUGUUAUAUUUGAAAAUAUAUAAAAAAAAGUAGAUCUACUUUUGUAGCACUACGAAUUUGAAUGUCAAUCUCUUUGGACUGUUUAAGGGUUAAUUCAAAUUGCUGAAAAUUUGAAGUUCUUGUUAAAGCCAUUUGAACUAACUUGAGUUACUAUAAAAUGUUAUAAAUCUCAUUUGAGCUCUGAAGGUGGGGAGGGCAGUGUCUGUACUCAGGAGGAGGAGUGGGAUGUUACAGUCUAAUUAAAGAUAACCUGAAUUACAAUGUCACCACACAUCUGGGAAGACAGUUAUUGAAUGAAUGAUGGUGAAUAUGUUUUCUUGUUUGAAUCAACCUGCUUUGAAGAGAAUUAGCCAUUGAGGUUAAAAAAAAAAAUUAUCAAACUUUCUGACCAUCAGUAUAUUAAAUACUAUUUUGAAAUCAUAUCAAUUGUUAAACAAGUAACAGAAUUUUUGAUGAUGCUACUUUACUGUAAGGUCUUUUGGUAUACAAAUAUGUUUUUCAUUAAAUGAAAUGUUUGUGAAAUUGCCUGACCCAUAUUUAAAGCUUGAAAUGGCAUGUCAUUCUUAAUUUUUUGUUCUAUACAAUUUGAACAGUAUGUUGUAAUCUGGUAGACAUACAGUAUCUCUCUUAUUUGCACAGAACUAAGGGAUAUUAAGGUUUAAUGUACUGAUUAUUUUAUCCUUGUCAGUGAUAUAUACAGUACUUUAUGGUUUUUAUACCAUUUUGUUUUUUGGGAGAUAUUUGGGGAACGCCUUUUCAGAUUUACUUUUAUUUUGAAACAUUUGUGUUUGCUAAAACUGCCAAGCAACAGAGCACCUGGAAGCUAUUUAAGAUUUUCUUCUAAUUAUGCCAUGAUGUCUUUAUCUCUAUGUAAUAUCAUGGCAAUGAAUUGCAAAUACCAUGGGUCUUCAUCUCUUCAUAGUAUCAAAAACAAUUACAGUGGACCCCCGGUUAACGAUUUUAAUCCGUGCAAGAGGGCUCAUCGUUAUGCGAAAUAAUCGUUAUGCGAAUGAAUUUUCCCCAUAAGAAAUAAUGGAAAUAAAAUUAAUCCGUGCAAGACGCCCAAAAGUAUGAAAAAAAUUUUUUUUUACCACAUGAAAUGUUAAUUUUAAUACACACAAACUGAAAAAGGCAUGCACAAUUAAAUGACACUUACUUUUAUUGAAGAUCUGGUGAUGAUUGAUGGGAUGGGAGGAGGGGAGAGCAUUAUCUUCUUACUGUUUAGAAGGGGAAUCCCCUUCCAUUAGGACUUGAGGUAGCAAGUCCUUUUCUGGGGUUACUUCCCUUCUUCUUUUAAUGCCACUAGGACCAGCUUGAGAGUCACUGGACCUCUGUCGCACAACAAAUCUGUCCAUAGAGCUCUGUACCUCCCGUUCCUUCAAGACUUUCCUAAAAUGGGCCAUAACAUUGUCAUUGAAAUAGUCACCAGCACGGCUUGCAACAGCUGUGUCAGGGUGAUUUUCAUCUAUAAAGGUUUGCAGUUCAACCCACUGUGCACACAUUUCCUUAAUCUUUGAAGUAGGCACAAUGGAUUCCACAACUGGCAUAGGCUUCUCAGGGGUUAGCCCCAAACCCUUCAAAAUCUUUCUUAAUUUCCAUACUAAUUGUCACCCUUUUUACCACAGGGUUGGCACUAGAAGCUUUCUUGGGGCCCAUGGUCACUUAUUUUCCAGAAACAGCACCGAAAACACUGUAAUAAUACGAAAUAUUCCGAGUGUAUGCUUGGAUGUUACCGCGGAGGCUGGCUGGUAAACAAUGGGACGGCCGGCACAUGUGAGGGCACAUUGGACGCGUCUCAGACGAAAAUCGGUAAGCGGGUUUUUAAUCGGUAUGCGCGGCAAAAAUUUUGCGAUAAAAGUAAUCGGUAUGCGGAAAAAUCGCUAUGUGAUGCCAUCGUUAUGCGGGGGUCCACUGUAAUUGUUUUUGGGGGUCUAAUAUAUUUAUUUUUAUUCUUGAUUCUCUUUGGUACAUUUAUGCAGCAAGAAUCCACAAGUUGCUGUUAUGCUUGCUGGCUUGGUAGCUUAGGCAAAUUAAAAAAAAAAUUGUGUUUGGGUCUGAAAAUUUGUUAAUCAGGAAAUAUACUAUGGUAGGAGAUGUGGAUACCUUUCUUAAUUACGUACUAAUAUUCAAUCAGUCAGUACUUAGUUUGGUAACAGGCAACUAUCCAGGGAGGUGCUCUUGUCCUGUCCCAUUAGGGAGGGGGGGGUGCCUUGAUGCUGGUGAAAAGCUCUUGAUCCAAGGAAUUAGAACUAUUGAUAAAUGAGACACUUGUGCAACAUUUGGGUAUCUUUAUUCUGGAAAUGUUUUGUCACAGUGACUUCUUCAGUCCAGUGCAGAAGGUGGUGGAAGAUACAGAGGAGUUUGAGGUAAUCAGUCUCUCAACCUGGAGUCAAUGUGUUCAGUCCAUCAAUCUUGACAAAUGUGCAGCAUAUACCUGGAGAUAGGGCUUAUAUACUGAUGACAGAUGAGGUGGAGCAGUGGUAGGUAGUCACCAGUGAAUAAAGCCUCAGUGGAAGUAGGUCGUGUCUAUAGAUUACACAAGUUUUGAAGAAUUGGUAGACACAACCUGCUUCCACUAGUGGCUUUGUUUACUGGUGACUCUUGUCUACCACUGAUCCAUCUCAUCUGUCAUCAGUAUAUAAGCCCCAUCUCUGUGGUUAUGCUGUACUUCUGUCUAGAUUGAUGGACUGAACACACCAAUUUCAGGCUGAGGGACUGAUUACCUCAAAAUCCUCCUCAUCUUCCACCUUUUUCUGAAUUGGACUGAAGAAGCAACUGGCUGGCAAAAUGUUUCCAGAAUAAAGAUACUCAUAUGUUGCACAAGUGUCUCAGUUAUCAACUUGUCGGUUUUGUAAACCAUUUAUUCACAUUAGAGCUAUUAUUCCUUAUAUUGAAUCAAACCCAAUUAUUCCAGUUUCCAUCCAUGGGCUUGUGGAAAUAAAAGUUUGUUUUAUGAAUUAAAUAAUACUGUCCAGUUUUAUGAGUAGUGGGGGGCUUGAAGAUGGUUGGAAUAGUUUUAAAAAUUCAGUAUUAGAAUGUGGGGCAGAAGUUUGUGGUUAUAGGAGGGUGGGUGCAGGAGGAAAGAGGAGUAAUUGGUGGAAUGAUGGAGUAAAGGGUGUGAUAAAAGAGAAAAGGGUAGCUUAUGAGAGGUAUUUACAAAGCAGAAGUGUUAUAAGAAGAGCAGAGUAUAUGGAGAGUAAAAGAAAGGUGAAGAGAGUGGUGAGAGAGUGCAAAAGGAGAGUGGAUGGUAGAGUGGGAGAGUGAGUUGAACAAGUUAAGAAAGUCUAGGGAACAAAUGGAUUUGUCAGUUAAAAACAGAGUAGGGGAGUUAGUAGAUGGGGAGAUGGAGGUUUUGGGUAGAUGGAGAGAAUAUUUUGAGGAACUUUUAAAUGUCAACGAAGAAAGGGAGGCGGUAAUUUCAUGCACUGGCCAGGGAGGUAUACCAUCUUUUAGGAGUAAAGAAGAGCAGGAUGUGAGUGUGGGGGAGGUGCGUGAGGCAUUACUUAGAAUGAAAGGGGGUAAAGCAGCUGGAACUGAUGGGAUCAUGACAGAAAUGUUAAAAGCAGGGGGGACAUAGUGUUGGAAUGGUUGGUAUUUUUGUUUAAUAAAUGUAUGAAAGAGGGGAAAGUACCUAGGGAUUGGCGGAGAGCGUGUAUAGUCCCUUUAUAUAAAGGGAAGGGGGACAAAAGAAAUUGUAAAAAUUAUAGAGGAAUAAGUCUACUGAGUAUACCAGGAAGAGUGUACGGUAGGGUUAUUAUUGAAAGAAUUAGAGGUAAGACAGAAUGUAGAAUUGCGGAUGAGUAAGGAGGUUUUAGAGUGGGUAGGGGAUGUGUAGAUCAAGUGUUUACAUUGAAGCAUAUAUGUGAGCAGUAUUUAGAUAAAGGUAGGAAAGUUUUAUUGCAUUUAUGGAUUUAGAAAAGGCAUAUGAUAGUGGAUAGGGGAGCAAUGUGGCAGAUGUUGCAAGUAUAUGGAAUAGGUGGUAAGUUACUAAAUGCUGUAAAAAGUUAUUAUGAGGAUAGUGAGGCUCAGGUUAGGGUGUGUAGAAGAGAGGGAGAUUAUUUCCCGGUAAAAGUAGGUCUUAGACAGGGAAGUGUAAUGUCACCAUGGUUGUUUAAUAUAUUUAUAGAUGGGGGUUGUAAAAGAAGUAAAUGCUAGGGUGUUCGGGAGAGGGGUGGGAUUAAAUUAUGGGGAAAUACAAAAUGGGAAGUGACACAGUUACUUUUUGCUGAUGAUACUAUGCUUAUGGGAGAUUCUAAAGAAAAAUUGCAAAGGUUAGUGGACAAAUUUGGGAGUGUGUGUAAAGGUUGAAAUUUGGAAGUGAACAUAGAAAAGAGUAAGGUGAUGAGAGUAUCAAAUGAUUUAGAUAAAGAAAAAUUGGAUAUCAAAUUGGGAAGGAGGAGUAUGGAAGAAGUGAAUGUUUUCAGAUAUUUUUGAGUUGACGUGUCAGCGGAUGGAUUUAUGAAGGAUGAGAUUAAUUAUAGAAUUGAUGAAGGAAAAAAGGUGAGUGGUGCAUUGAGGUAUAUGUGGAGGUAAAAAAUGUUAUCUAUGGAGGCAAAGAAGGGAAUGUAUGAAAGUAUAGUAGUACCAACACUCUUAUAUGGGUGUGAAGCUUGGGUUGUAAAUGCUGCAACGAGGAGGCGGUUGGAGGCAGUGGAGAUGUCCUGUCUAAGGGCAAUGUGUGGUGUAAAUAUUAUGCAGAAAAUUCGGAGUGUGGAAAUUAGAAGAAGGUGUGGAGUUAAUAAAAGUAUUAGUCAGAGGGCUGAAGAGGGUUUGUUGAGGUGGUUUGGUCAUUUAGAGAGAAUGGAUCGAAGUAGAAUGACAUGGAGAGCGUAUAAAUCUGUAGGGAAAGGAAGGCAGGGUAGGGGUCGUCCUCGAAAAGGUUGGAGGGAGGGGGUAAAGGAAGUGUUGUGGGCGAGGGGUUUGGACUUCCAGCAAGCGUGCGUGAGCGUGUUAGAUAGGAGUGAAUGGAGACAAAUGGUAUUUGGGACCUGACGCACUGUUGGAGUGUGAGCAGGGUAAUAUUUAGUGAAGGGAUUCAGGGAAACCGGUUAUUUUAUAGAACCGGACUUGAGUCUUGGAAAUGGGAAGUACAAUGCCUGCACUCUAAAGGAGGGGUUUGGGAUAUUGGCAGUUGGAGGGAUAUAUUGUGUAUUUUUAUACGUAUAUACUUCUAAACUGUUGUAUUCUGGGCACCUCUGCAAAAACAGUGAUUAUGUGUGAGUGAGGUGAAAGUGUUGAAUGAUGAUGAAAGUAUUUUCUUUUUUGGGGAUUUUCUUUCUUUUUGGGUCACCCUGCCUCGGUGGGAGACGGCCGACUUGUUGAAAAAAAAAAAAUGGAAGCCUGUUAAGAAACCUUUAAUUAAGGGAUAUUUGCUGGAUAAUGAAAAUGUCUAGAAAAUUAUUGUCAUUUUAUAUGUCAAAUAAUUUCUGCAUCUUUAAAAAAAAAGUUAACUAAAGAUGAACAAUAACUUAUGAAGUACAGUUGACCCCUACUUAGUAACUUAGAUGUGGACCAGAUACAGCCUCUCCUUACUCCUCACUUAAUGAUGGAGUUCCAUUCCUAAGACCAUGUCAGUAAACGAAUUUGUCACUAAGUGAGGAGCACGCUAUAAUGGUAUUGGGUUUGUGUCGGCCAUCUUUGAAAUUGUUUUAAUGUCACCUUUGCAGCAUUUAUAACAUUGCUGGUAUAUUUUUAAAUGUUUAUACAGUAGUGUACUGUAUAUUGUAAUAAACAGAAUAGAGGAAAUCAACUCUAAUAUACAUUAUUUAGGUAUGCAAACUGGUCAGAGAGCCCAUUGUAAGUCCAAGUUGUCAGUAAACGAGUAUUUCGCUAAGUGAGAAGCUGUAACGUGUUUGUUAAGCAAAAAAUACAUUAAGUGAAUUGUAUUUUCCAUAGAGUGCCAUAUAUACAUUGUGACAGUAGUAUUCCACAUCUAUUACCAUAAUUCUUUGGGAUGGGGGAAGAGCAUGUGUGAGUGUUCAUGAGUAAGUGUGUUUCUGACUGUAUCUUGUGGCCUUCUGUUUUCUUGUUAAAGUUUGGUUGGAGCAUUGAUUUUUUUUUUUUUAAGCAAUUCAGUCAGACCAUUUUCUUGUACGAAUCCAAUUUAAAUAUAGAAAUAUUUUGUAAAAAAAAAAAUUGUGAAUGCAUUUUUGUUAUAGCAUUAUUUAAACUUUAAAACACUUUCUCCAAAAGAAAGAUAGGAUUAAAAUGUAGGUUAGACCAGAGGUUGUUUGAGUGACAGUUUUAAAGACCACUAGUGAAAGAUUGGUCAGUUACUUUACUUUUUGUCUAUACCUCAUCAGAAUUAUUAUGAUAAUUAUAACUCCAAAAUAAUGUUUUAUAAACUAUGUUUCUUCUACUUUUAUUGUUGAACUCUUGUUCCUGCAGUAAUAUGUUCCAAAAUAUGCUCUUCAGCAUUUUCUUUAUUCUGUCCAUUUUCCUAAUAAGUUUUUCACACUAAAUUUCCAAAGUGUUGAUGAUGUUUUAAAACAUCAUCAACACAGAUUGCAAAUAAGGGCAAUGUUAAUAAUACUGUAAUAGUUUACUUUUCAUGACUGAGGAUAGCCAUAUUUGAAUUAUCCAUGGUGAGGAAACUUUAUUAAGAUAUUUUAUAUUUAACCCUUUCACUGUCGUAACCCCAUAAAUUAACCCUUUCAGUUGCUGAAAAUUAAAACUGCUUUUCUUCUGAAAUGGUAGAGAAUCUUCUUUUGAAGGUAAUAUCACCAAGAAUAUGAAAUUUGAUGGAAAGCUUGCUGAAUUAUGCAGGGGCAGAUUUAGAGGUCGGCACAGUUUACACCUUGAUAAUUUUGCCUAUUUUGAGUUCAGUUUUAAGCCAGUUCAAUCACAUUCUUAUCUAUUUCGCUAGUAUGUCUUCUGUUCCAUCUUCUGAGCACAAGAAACCACCCAAUCAACUCUGUGAACUAUCCCAUAACAUGCACAGAACUUGGUAAUUUGGCUAAUUUUACACAAAAAAAAUUCCAUUUUAAAAACAGUUCAAAAUAAACACUGUAGACAUUCCAGGCACUAAGGCAACAUUUCUUCUGUUCAUUAAUCAUGUCCUCAGGGCUCUUCUUUAUUAUUACACAUGCUCUCCAUUUUGAAUUCUUCAUCAUCAUCUGGUUCUCAGAUAAUAAAAUAAGGCCAGGAAUGAUUGAUCAUGGCUUACAAUGUUCCAGUAAUUGAAUCAAACGUAGUAGAACCCAUAACACAGACUAGGGAAUGUAGUGGCACCUUACCCACUACAUCCAAUUUCAAGCUACUUCCAGUCUUAAACCAACCAAACUCAUCUCUAUUUCCGUAUUAUAUUCUUCAUUCUGUCAAACAAUACCAAGAAACAAACAGGAAAAUCAUAAAAACUAUUCUAGAAACACCUCAAAGUUGCUAUUUUAAACCAAACACAAGGUCAGUUUUGCUUUUCCUACUAUGCACAACAUGGGGUAGAAUCUUUUUUUAUACUAAGCACACCCAUUGCACAGACCCAUUCUCACAUGUCUAGGCCAAAAUAUACUGCUUAUCUAAUGGAGCUGAACUUGAAACUUUGCUUACAUAAGCAUCAGUAAUGUACAUUUACAGAAAAGACAGUGAAUGAGUUAAGUCCUGUCAGUGUCACAAUUUAAAAAAAUCUAACAUGAUAGAGAAUUUUUUUUUCUAAAGGUAUUUAUAUAUAAAAAUGCAAAAUUUCAUGCAAAACUUAUGGAAUUAAGCAGGUGCAAAGUUUGAGGUCAGAGAACACUUCAUGCAACUGCAAUUUUGCCCACAUUGAAGCCUAUUUUAUGCCAGUUUCCAUACUCAAGCUGAUUUAAUUCCUAGCUAUUUUGCUAUUAUGCCUUUAGUUCUGUUGACUGAGCACAAGAAACUGCUCAUUCAAUUCUUAACACUACCCUAUAAAGUACCCAGAAGUCAGUAAUCUGCCCACUUUUACACAAAAUACAAGAAAUUCCUAAUUAAAAACAGAACCCAAAAUAAACACUGUAGGCAUUCCAUCCAGUAAAGCAACUUUCUGUGUUCAUUAAUCAUGUCCCCAUGCCUCUUAUAUCACACACACCCUCCAUUUUGAAGCCAUCAUCACACAAAAAAUCUAAGUUUUACCACGUUUCCCAGCUAAUAAAAUUUUACUUAGAAUGCUCACUCAUGGUUUAGGUCAUCAUUUGAAGCAGACCUAGUAAAAGCACAUAAAACAGACCAAUGGGAUUGAGAACUCUACCCUUCCUCAGGAAAACUGCCAGAAAUGAGAUAUUUCUGCCACAUUUAGGCCUAUUUCAGGCCACUUCAUGUCUGAAGCCAAUCAAAAUCAUCUCCAUUUCACUAGUAUGUCAUUCUUUCUAUCAAUUGGCACCAAGAAACAGUCAAUAAAAUCAUAAAAAUCACUCUAGAAUGUACCUCAAAGUCACUCUUUUAAUUCUCACACAAGUUCAUAGGUUACCUCUUCCCUUCAUGCACUGUUGAGGGUGCAGUUUUUUGUUUCUUACUGUACAGACUCAUUCUUUCAUGUCUAGGCUGUAAUUUACUGCUCAGCAUAUUUGAGGGCACAGUGAUUAAGAUGUGAUUAUAUGUAAGCACUACUGGCCUCCAUAACAUAAAUCUACAUGGGAGACAGUGAAACCAUUUGACUAUGCCCACAGUCUUCAGGGUAACUCAGUUUAAAGGAAUAACUCAAGGAAACAGGAACACUCGAUAAUUGUUUCUACAAGUCUCUUCACUUGAAAUUUAACAUACCAGGUAGUUUAUUUUCUGUACUGUACAUUCAGAUUUUCAAUUAGUGCUAGUUACACAUUUAAAAUGAGUAGAACAUUACUUGGAAAUCCAGCGCAGGAUCUUCUCUUAACACACUUACACCAAUGUUUUUGAAGGCAAGGAUGAAUGCCCUUGGAAUGAUUUAGUGAAAUUGAUUAAUUUCUAAUUGAAAAUGCAAGCAUUUCUGCCACCUACCAAUAAAAUUGGUGUUGAUAGACACACACAAGAAUUAAAGGAAAAGCGUGUCAAAGAAAAUUGGGUAAUUUAUUGAUUCUGGCCACAGUUUUAAAACAUGACUUACCUUUUUGUCUCUUCCAGUUUAUUUAAAUACUGUAUGUUCUUCUCUACAUUAUCAAUUUAUCUCUACAUGGUACAUUGAAAAUAUUCUUGGGAUUACUAGUACAUAUUUGCAGGUUGAUCAUCACUAAUCCGGCAUCAUUGGGACCUAUAGGGUGCCAGAUUAGUGAUUUUGCCGGAUUACAGAGUGGUUAAGUUAGAGUACACUUAACCCAAUGGUGGUAUGUACACAACGGCGAUUUUGCCCACUUUAUACCCUAUUUGUGGCCCAUUCCAUUGUUCCAGUCGACCAGACUCUGCUAUUUUGCUAGUUUUCGUUCUAUUCUGUCGAUUGAGUACAAGACACAGCCCAUUUACCUGUUUUAACUGCCUGAUAAAGUCAUCAAAAAUUGGUAAUUUGGCUACUCUUACACAAAUUUCAGGAGAUGCCAAUUUAAAAAUAAGGUCCAAAAUAAACAAUGCAGACAUUUCUGGCACUAAAAUAACAUUUUCUCUGUUCAUUAGUCAUGUCUCCAGGCCCCCUCUUAUAUUACACUUACUUUCCAUUUUUAAUUUUUGUUCACACAAAAAAUAGAAGAUUUACUGUUAUGCAGACUACUGCAUUAUUGUAAUAAUUGUAUAAAUAAUGUCAACCCAUUCUUGACCACAUAUCAGACCAGCCAGUUGGACACGUGACAUAAUUUAUUUAUUCUUGAACAUUGGCAAAAAUCAAACAUUUCUGCUACUUUGAGCUCAAUUUCAAGGUACUUUCCAUCCUGAAAUGAAUGAAAAAUCAUCUCUAUUUCUGUAAUAUAUCUUCCAUUCUGUCAACUGAAACUGAAAACUGAGACCAUAAAAACCAUACAAAAAUACACUGGAAAGUUCCUGUUUUACACCAAAAACACAGUCGCAGUUUUUUUUCUCAUGCACUGCAAGCUGCACAUUUUUUUUAUAUAGUUCACACUUAUCACACAGACCUAUUCUUUCAUAUGUAGGCCCAAAUUUACCAGUCACAGCUUAACUGAGAGAGCUGAGCUCAUGGCGUCAUACUACCGGACCUACAGUGGCUCAAAGCCACCUUAUCUUUUAUGGACGGUGUACAGUGUUUGAGCUUUACACAAUGAGAAGCAUUUCCUUUAUUUGUUGGAACCAUGACUAGGGAUAAAAGUGAGCAGGUUAUGACAAUAAAUGGAGAAAAAAAAAUUGGAAUGAUUUAUGCAGCAAGUACCACUGCCAAACAGUAGCAGCAGGUUGGUGCAGCGACUGCAAAAAUUUGAAAUUACGUUUGCCAAAAUUAGUAUCGGAUUACUGAUGGAACCUGAUUAGUGAUUGCCAGAUUGGUGAUGGCCAACCUGUAUUAUUCAAUAUUGUGUAUCAUGAUGAUAUACAGCCUCUCCUCACUUAACGAUGGAGUUCCGUUCCUAAAGCCGCGUCGUUAAGCAAAUUCAUCACUAAGUGAGGAGCAUACUAUAAUGGUAAUGAGUUUGUGUCAGCCAUCUUUGGUAUUGUUUUAAUGUCACCUUUGCACCAUUUAUAACAUUUCUGGUAUAUUUUUAAAUGUUUAUACAGUAGUGUACUGUAUAUUGAAAUAAACAGAAUAGAGGAAAUCAGCUCUAAUAUACAUUAUUUAGGUAUGAAUACUGGUCAGAGAGCCCGUCGUAAGUCCGAGGUGUCAGUAAACGAGUACAUUGUUAAGUAAGGAGAGGCUGUAUUUAAUUUGUGCAGUAUGCCAGCAGAAUGCUUUUGUAAAAAAAUUCUCCUUCAUAGGUAAUGUACAAAAAUGAUGCUUUUGAUACCAAAAUGGACUUUUUGCAUCAUUAAGAAAUAUGAAGUACACUAUAUUCAGUCCCAUAUUUUACCUGCAGUUAAGUUCAUUCCCUCCUUUCCCCCUUAAUGAAAUGGCUUUGUCUUAUCAAUAAUGUGAAAAAGUCAUUUCAUUAUGAGUCUCUGAAGACUAAACAUAUUCUUAGGCACACUGGACAAUGCAGGUACAAACCAGGCAAAAUGUGUACAAUUAAUAGUAAAAAAAUUACAGUCCAUUUUGGUCUUCUGGUUGAAUACUACAAUGGUUGCAUGGUAUUUGGUUUAAUUUACUUCAGUUUUUGUUAAUAUUUUGUUACCAGAGUUGUGUAAUGCCUUAAAUUAAUGGAUUUGGGUCUUGUAUAGGAGUUUGUCUUUUGUUUGACAUUAUAGUACUGUACUGUAUAAUCCAAAGAAUCUGAAUAAAUACAGGCUAGCGAGUUGCUGGAUUUGUUAGUUUUCAGAAAAAUUGAACAGCUACCAUAGGUUUCUGUAAAUUUCUGUGAAGUAUUUGAAGGUGUUAUACAAAUAAAAUGAAACAAAAAUGUUUAAGCUUUAAAUGUCACUUUUCUGAAUCUUUUUUAACGGUAUGACUUGAAAUAUGGAGAAGCAGUAGCAUGAUACGCUGACAACACUAUUGUAAGAAUCACAAAGCCAAUGUGAGAGUAUAGCACCUUUGGUGAGUUUGGGGACACCCAAAAUUGCAAAACAUGUGAAAUCGAAACUUCUUAAUAUUCACUGUCACAAUACUGCACUUUCACUUUCCAAAUUUUCACUGGGGUGCCCAAACUCAGGUACUUUUCAAUCUUUCAAUACAGGAUUCUUGGGAUUAUACUGCAUUGUAGAUUGUUAUUAUUUUUAUAUGUAAUACAAUAACCUUUAUGUGUGUGCCAUAUUAUUGCAAAAUAAGAAAGCUGCUUACACUUGUUAUGUAUGAGAGAAACAUAUGUACUACAUUAGUAAGCAUAGAAAAUAUUAGGCAAAAUUUUCUUGUACAUGGUGUCCCAAAGGUCUGGACCCAUUGUACAGGGUGUCCCAGAAGUCUGGACCCAUAGCACAGAAUGUGUUAAAAGGCUGGAAAUAAAGAACAGGGUGCAUCAGACGUCUGGAUUCUCAUGGCAAAAUACAUAAUUUACACUUGAUGCAUUUAUUAUUCAAAUUUAAUGCCAUUAAUAACCCUACACACAUUACUUAAUGUACAAAUGUUUUUCUUAAUAUUUCUCAAGAUAAAACACUGAUGUUAAAGCAGCAUUCCCAUUGUUUGGGUUUAGGUUUUUGAAGCACUAAAAAAUAGUGAGACUGUUUUACUUAGAUCUUUAUUUAUAAGAUUGAUUUUUAUAGCCUGUUUGUUCUUGCAUGGAAAUAUAGCAGCCUGAUUAAAAAUGAUGCAAAAUAUCAUUGUUUUUAAGUGGUUUAUUCAAGUUAUAUUUUCUUUUACCAGCCAAUAUAGAUAACAUAAUGUAGAUGUUGUUCAUUUUUUAUAUUGCAUCUGGUUUAUGUGAUUUAGCAAAAAAUUUCUGUAAAUGAACAUUAAUUCUGGUAUGUUAAGCUCCAGAUUUACAUUUCAGUACACUGUCACUUUUAAAAAAUCAACCUUUCUAUAAUUGUAGUUAGUUAUCGAGCACAAUCCCCCAAUAUUUCAAAAGCUUUUAAGUAUGUUCUUAGUCUGACUGCUGCAAAACAAGGUAUAGUUUACAGAAAAAGUUUAGACAUUUGUUAAAGUUUUUGUCUUUGACAUUUAGCAAAAAUUCACUAUUAUUAACAAAUUAAUAUAAAGAAAUACAGUAAAUGUAGUAAAUACAUACUAUAUAAAUACAGCUAAACAAAGUAAAUGCUGCACCACAUUUACUACAUGCAGUAUAUAAAUUGGGAAGUGCUCCAAGUUUAUUAUAACCAUGAGAUGAAGGUUGCUUCUUAUAUAAAUUAUUUUGCAUCUGACAUUUGAUUGUUAUUUUUAUUUUAAUAUUCAGAAUUAAAGAUUCCUUUGUGCAGCGAGUUAACAGUUUGAUUUCUUAUUCAACUAAGUCAAAAAAAAAAAAAAUUGUCCUUUAUUUCAAAUCCACCUGAAGAUAUUCUCAUUCACUGGGAAGCUCAUUGUUUCACUCAAGCUUCAGUACAUGGAAAGUGAAACUCAGUGUAAAUGGGAAACAUUUUUAAAUGUAUGUUGAUGUACAUUGGAUCUAUACACAGUUUUAAGAAGAGAUAUGAUAAAACUCAUGAAACCAGGAGAGAGAGAGAACCCAGUAGCACCAGUUUGAGAGGUAGGGCCAGAAGCUGAAACUUGACUUUUGCAGCCACAGAUAAGCAAGUACAGUAAGAUACGAAGACCUCUUGAUAUUAUUGAACUGGCUAGUUUAGUUAUACUGUUCCUUGGUUAUACAUAUUCUUAAAUUUAACUUUGUUAAUAUAAUUUUUAAUCCUACCUUGUUACUUACUUUUCUCAAAUGUUUGAUUUGGAAUUACCUUUUUCUAUGAGUAUAAUAUUAGUUGGGUUUAUUAUUUAGUUAGGUUUCACGCAGAUGUUAUGAUGCCACCACCAGAACAAAAAUGGUUUAAGUAACCCAUUCAUCUUUUGCUGUUGACAGUAUAGCGCUAUAGUAAUUAUUUGUUUACCUUACAGAAAGUUUAUUCCAUGGUAAAGUAUUUGUAUGCUUCUACUUUUAUUUGUAAUAUCUAAUAUCAUUCACUUCGAGCAUAUGAGUAAAUAGCUAACAUGCAUUUCUUCUUCUGUAUGCCUCUUGUUGUAUAGUUCACCCAAUAAUUCAUUGUAAGCCAGUAAAUUACAGCUGUUUAGCCAGACCCUCAUGGAAACUGCAGCCCACUGUUUAACCCUUAAACAGUCCAAACAUAUAUAUACAAUUUUUCAACAUUUGAAAGUAUGUAAAAAAUGUACAUCAUUUUUUUUUUUUUUUUUUUUUUACAUUUGAAAAUAUGUAAAAAAAACAGAUCUACUUUUGGAGCACUACAGAUUUGAACGUCGAUCUAUUUGGACUGUUUAAGGGUUAAGAAAUGCUCAUCUAAGCUGUUAAUUUGUUGUCCUGUGCCUUGCUUAACUAACACUGUACAUUUAUUCAUAUCUUUCCCUUGAAGGAGGGUGCCCAGAUGCUGAUAAAGAGCUCAUGAUCCAAAGAAUUAGAGCUACCUUUCCCUUCCUCAGAUCAAACCUGAUUUGCCCUCUCCCAUUUUCCACAUGCUACACAGCCUUUUUGGGUUUUGCACUUGUGAACAUAAUAAUAUUUUUCAAGGAGCUUCAUAGUUCACUAUUAUACUGAGGUGGCUAUCAUUAUGUAAAAAUUUAUGUUGCAUAAAAAAUAUGAAAAUAAAGGGCAUAACAAAGCAAUACAGACAUACAGCAGGCAUGUGUGAGUGUGAAUGGAGAUGAAUGGUUUUUGGUACUUGAUGAGCUGUUGGAGUGUGAGCAGGGUAAUAUUUUGUGAAGGGAUUCAGGAAAACCAGUUACCCAGACUUGAGUCCUGGAUGUAGGAAGUACAAUGCCUGCAGUUUAAAGGAGGGAUUUGGGAUACAUGUAUUUACUGUACGACAUCUGACCUGUCAUAUCUACAUGCCUCUGCAAAAACAGUAAUUAUGUGUGAAUGAUGGCAAAAGUGUUUUUCUUUCUUGGGCCAUGCUUCCUCAAUGGGAGACGACUGGCAUGUUGGAAAAAAAAAAGCAUUAGGUCAUUGUAGUAAUCGAAUCAUUUUAAUAGCUUUUAAAAUAGACUGUCAGGUAGAUAAAAUGUGUGGGGCUUUGUAUCACUCACUGUCAUGUGCUCAUUUUAAACUUUUGUUAUAUAAACAACUCUUUGCCUUCAUUUGACUCAGGAUUAAUGUGAUUUUUACAUAAAAAAUCAUUUGCUCAACUAAUUCAUCAAAAUCUUAGGUAUAAGUUCAUUAUACAUUAUAUUCUUAUUUGUAGUAAAAAUAUAUAUGAAAUAUAAGUACUGUAUCAAAUCUUAAAUGAUUGUCUGGCAGUAUAAUUAAUUUCAGUCCCUUAAAAUGUGGGAUAUUAUUGUAUAUCACUAACCCAGCACUGUAUGACUUUUGGGUUUAACACUUAAUUUUAAUCUAAUAAUUAUAUACAACUAACUCUCAGAGGUUAAUAAUUUGCCAAUGAUGUGCUGUUUAAAGAUGCCAAAUUUAUGUUUAAGUUAUGUAAUGCUUUGACAUUUAACUUUUAGUCACUGCUUUUAUCAAUUUCUGUAUACAUACAUGAAACUUAUUUUAAAAUAUCAGUAUAACAGGUUUUAUGUAUCUUUACUUGUUAGGGAGCACUGUGUUCCAUAAUCAAAAGGUAUGUACUAAUAGAAUAAUUUUAUAAUGGUGUAUAGAGGGAGGGGAAUCCCUUAACUUACAACAGUAGCAUUGUGAACAACCCAACUUGAGAAUAAGGUCCAUAAGAAAUAGAAUUAAAACUAGACUUGCUUCGGUCACUGCACGAUUGAAGAAAGGAAUCCCUGUAUUCCAUAAAGCCAGCACCCUCUACCUCAAUGCACAUGAGAAAAAUAGUACAGAGUGCAGCAUAAGUUUCUAAUUCUGUUAAAUAUCAGUGUUGAAGAUCUGAAUCCAGUCAGAAGAGGCAUUUUCUCCAAUAUCCCAGAAUGCACCAGCACUUCAAGUUUGAAGACUCUCAAAAUUUGCAUUCUCAAGUUAUUAGCAUUGAAGGUUUAAAGCCAGUCACUUAAAACAUUCACAAAUUAUCACAUGAAAAUCAGUAUGAACUGUAUUUAGAGUUUCCCAGCUUUUACAGUAAAACUGGCAAAUUGGCACCAAUAUGGCACAAAGUCAGUUCAGAAACUUUUAUCUAAUUAAAAUACACCAGCGUUGAAAAUUUGAAGACAGUUGGAAGAGGCAUUUUCAUGCUAUAAAUGAACAACCUUGGUGUGAGGAAAAAAUUAGGCAACUGCUGAAAGUUCCUCUUUGUAGAGACCAAAAUACUGUACUCUUGUUUUAUGAAAGCUGUUCUACAGGUGUGAAUUCUUGUGACACUUGGCCAUCCUUUGUACUAUUAUUUUCUACAGGUUCUAAGUUAUGAAUAACUCAUUCAUAAAUUGAAAUGCUAGGAACACAACUCAUUCUUUAUUUAGGGACCCCCCCCCUGUAACUUUAAACUAAGAUUUAUAUUUAGUUUACUUCUUUUCAUUAUUAAACAUGUGGCAAAGUAAGAGAAGGGCUGUAUAAUACAAGUGUAUUUAUAGCUAGUUACCAGUUAGUUCGUUACAAGCCUUCAGACGUUGUUCCAGUGGCAAUAAAAAGAGUGCAUUAGUUUGCAUGUGUAGCUGUGAGAAACCCAUGUGGAUGAUGAUAACUAUCAGUAGACUGUAGCUGGUUAUUUGAACGUAUCCACCACAUUAGAUAACUAUGGUGUGAAUGUUGUCAUGUACUGUAUUGUUGCUUGUUUUUAUUGUAUAUAGUGUAAAUAUAUACUGGUUGGAUUUUUUGGGACUUGUAAACAGAUUUUAUUUUGUGAAUUAAUUCAUAAGGGUUUCAUUGUUAAAUUAUGGGUCAGUAUCCAUUGUGGCUUGUUUUGUCUUUUUUCUUUGUUUAAAUUUUAAAAUGAACUGCAUACUGUAUUUAAUUAAUUUUGUAAAUUCUAAGUUGUUCAGUUUCUUAUUCAUUUUAUUUAUUUUACAUUUUAUCAAGUUAAAAAUUAAAUAAAUAUUUUUAUUUAUUUAUUUGUCUGAAACUUAUUGUUAAGCAGACUGUUCAUACUGUGCUCAAGAAUUUUUAUUUUGUAUGAAUUUUACUCAUAUAUACGUAUAUAAUAUUGUUAUUUUCUUUCUGUUAUUGGUAAGAAAGCUUUUGUCUUCUACUACUGUAGUAAAAGAUGCUUUUGCUGUAUUUUAUAAAGCUAUUUUCAUAUAAGAAAAUGAAAGUGAAGAUAAAGUGAAUCAUUACUGAAAAAUUUGGAUUAGCAAAAUAAUGUGAGAUUUUGUUGGAAAGAAGCAAAUUUAAUUAUAGUGCCAAUUAGAGAAGUAAAGCUUAUCGUUGUGCGAGUGUGGAAAAAGAAUACACAUUUUCAUUGUAUUGUAAACCUCUACAAAUUGAGUAACCAGUUGUGUUAUUUUUAUUUUGAAGUAUGUAUUUUUAGGUUGGGUUGACUCAUUGUUAACUAAUAAAUGGUUUGAAGGUA